AUGCAGGAACAGCUUCAGGCGGCGUUAGAUCGUCUCCUAUUGGCCAACGACCCCGCGGCUGGGCAAUGGCUCGGCGCGUUUCAGCAGUCGCAGGAGGCCUGGCAGGUCACGCAUUCUAUCCUCGCUAGUGCUGCCUCGUUACUAGCAUCCUCCUCCGCGCAGACGCCACAGGGAAUGUCGCCGUCUGCCAAUGCGUUGAUCCUAUUCGCCGCACAGACGCUACGGUCGAAGAUUCAGCUACAGCUGUCAGCUCUUGAUUCGUCAGCGCGAGCCGCACUGUUAUCUGCCCUCUUCUCUCUCUUCCAAUCAUUCUGCUGCGUCCCCAACCAGCAUCAGGUUCUCCUUCAAAUCUGCGCGUCCAUCUCAGCGCUUCUCCUCCAAUCGCCAGGCACAGCUGCUGACCUGGAGGCCAGGCUGGCAGCUGCCAUGUCAGCAGCGGAGGGGAGUGGGGGAGGGGGAGGCGGAGGGGGAGGGGGCGGGGGUGGGGAAAGCGUGUGGGGGGUGAUGGGGGGAGUGGUGGAGCUACUGGGGGCGGUGGGGGACGAGUGCACGGACGAGCAGCGGUGGUCCGUGGGGGUGGUGACUCUGCAACGCAAGCACGUGUUCGCCAUGGAGGUGGGAGAGGAGGGAGAGGAGGGAGGGUGGGGAGGAAGGGUAAGGGGUGCUGUUGGAAGGCAGGGGAGACUGUGGGGAGGGAGAGAGGGGUGA